UUCCCAGAUUCCAGGCUUGAUCUACCAUUGCUAUCCAUAGAACUCCGACAUCAGAUCAGAUCCGACAUUAAGUACCUACCUAAAAUAACCUAAGACCUCACAACCACACACGUCAUUUUAUCUAUUUUUCAAGUAUCUCUUAAGCCGCUGUACCUUGUUGUACCUUGCUGUACCUUUCUGUAUCUUCCCGUACCUGACCACGGUCUAUUGCGAGAAGUAUCGCCGUAGUUGUUGCUGGGAUUCGGCCCUAUCUGCUACUUUAGUGUAGUAUCCGGUCAGCUGGCCGAAAAGGGGAAAAAAGCUUGGUCGCGAUGCUCCUAGAGAGCUUCGUGUAUAGGAUAUAAAGCCAUGGACGUCUUACACAACAUGAAUUCCGAAUUGUUCACCAACCACAACACCUCCCUCAUCGAACCCAUCAUGCAAGGCUUCACUUCUCUGUUCCUCUUAGGCGGUUUUGUCUUUCAGACAAUUCUCGGUCUACCCGGUAACUCUCGAGCUCUACGAGAGCGCGCGCUUCUGAAGAGAUCGGUUGAUACUUUCAUCGCUACCGAAGAGCCUAUUGCUCUAGAACAGCUCCUUUGCAACAUUGGGUCUUCUGGCUGCCAUUCUUCAGGGGCUGGAUCGGGCGUCGUCAUAGCUUCACCAUCCACAUCAAAUCCUGACUAUUUCUUUACGUGGACGCGUGAUGCUGCGCUUGUCUUCAAGGCCAUAGUCGACAGAUUCGCCCACACCUAUGAUGCUUCCCUGCAGACCCAAAUCCAGAACUACAUUGUUGCUCAGGCCAAGUUGCAGGGUGUAUCGAACCCCUCCGGCUCUCUAUCAGACGGUACCGGCUUAGGAGAAGCCAAAUACCAUGUCGACCUAAGUGCUUUCACUGAUGGAUGGGGUCGCCCACAACGCGAUGGACCAGCCCUCCGAGCUAUUGCCUUGAUUGGAUAUUCUAAGUGGCUCAUUGCAAAUGGAUACACAUCGACUGCUUCCGGUGUCGUUUGGCCAGUUAUUGCAAACGAUCUUGCUUAUGUUGCCCAGUAUUGGAAUCAGACCGGAUUUGACUUGUGGGAGGAAGUGAAUGGAAGCUCUUUCUUCACCGUCGCUGCUCAACACCGAGCUUUAGUGGAAGGAAGUGCUUUGGCAAAGAGCCUCGGCUCAAGCUGCAGCGCCUGUGACGCUAUUGCGCCCCAAGUCCUCUGCUUCUUGCAGACAUUCUGGUCGUCUUCAGGAGGCUACGCCCUGGCUAACAUUAACGUCAACAACGGCAGAACUGCUAAGGAUGCCAACGUUAUCUUGGCUUCGAUCCACGGGUUUGACCCAGCGGCUGGCUGCGAUGCUGCGACCUUCCAGCCAUGCAGCGACCGAGCUCUAUCUAGCCACAAGGUUGUUGUAGACUCUUUCCGCAGUAUCUACAACGUCAACUCGGGAAUUUCCUCUGGAUCGGCAGUUGCUGUCGGCAGAUACCCUGAAGACACCUACUACAACGGCAACCCCUGGUACCUCAACACCCUCGCAGCCGCUGAACAGCUUUACGAUGCACUAUACGUGUGGCAGACCACAGGGUCCAUUACAGUUACUUCCACCUCGUUGGCAUUCUUCCAGGCCCUUUCUUCGUCUGCCGCUACUGGAACUUACAGUUCUACCACUGCCACGUACACCACACUGUACAAUGCCGUAUUCGCUUAUGCCGAUGGCUUCAUGAACAUUGUUUCGCAAUACGCCCAAUCUAACGGAUCCUUGGCAGAGCAGUAUGAUCGCAACAGCGGCGUACCGUUGUCGGCUCGCGAUCUGACGUGGUCUUAUGCAGCAUUCUUAACUGCCGCUGCCCGCCGAGCUGGUGUUGUUCCGGCUGGCUGGGCUAAUGGAUCGGCCGCGACUUCCGUGCCCGGUGUUUGCUCGGCGACGUCUCGCGCUGGAACCUACUCCUCGGCCACGGCUACAUCUUUCCCGGCCAGCCAGACUCCCAUUACCACCACUGUGCCGACCACCACGAUUACCCGCCCCACAGUCACUGCUACGACCACCGCGUGCACUACUGCUACAGCUGUAGCUGUCACUUUCAACGAGGUCAAGACCACCACGUAUGGCCAGACCGUCAAGGUUGUCGGAAACAUCGCUGCUCUCGGCAGCUGGGACACCAGCAAAGCGGUGGCACUAAGCGCCUCGUCCUACACCUCCAGCAACCCUCUAUGGAAGGGUACCAUCACUCUGCCAGCUGGACAAGCCAUCCAAUACAAGUACAUUGUGGUCAACACCGAUGGCUCGAUCACAUGGGAGGCUGACCCGAACCGUUCUUACACUGUCCCGAGGACUUGCGCCACUACAGCGGCGACGUCGGAUACGUGGAGGUAAAUGUCAGUAAAGAGGAAAGUUGAAUGGGAAUAUUAACUAGAGGUGGUUGCUCUGGCGGUCAUGGGCGAACUUGUACCCUAAUAGAUUGAUUGGAUAAAGGAGUAGCUGCUACCUACCUAGUAGUAAUACUGUAGAAUGCAGAUGUAUGUUGGUUACUAGACUUGAACAUAGAGAAUGAAUCAUAAUAAAAUCAAAUAUUGUAA